AGGUGGCUGUCAAGGCGUCAAAGGCUUAAACUGCCAUUUGCAUUCACUCUCCUGCAUGGACGAAGUCAGGCUGAUACACUGGAUACAUGACGCAUCUGCAUCCUGUGUCUCCCUGCCUCGUCUCCUCCUUCCCUGUUCUUAGCCGUAUCGCAUGUAGAACUUGACUCCUUCCAACGUCACUUUGAACCUACUUGACGCGACAACACACAUCAAGACGCUGCUACAAGUCACAGAGAAGCUACAGAGUCGCGGCCCAUGUCGGAACAACUGCCGCCGCCCAAGCCAAGUGCCUUCCAGCACACCAAGUCAGUCGGCAAGUCCAUUGGCAAAGCAGGCUCUUCCUUCCGUAGCGCCGUCAAUUCAAUCGACAACAUCUCCAUCUCUCGACACGGUCUAUCCACGAAGAAGGAACUCUCUGCAGGUAACGUCGGGUAUGAUCGAGCCAACUACGUCGCUGCACCGAGGCGCGACGCAAGUCACUUUGCACCGCCCCCAAAACGCGCCGUCGUCAUGACACCUUCCUCUUCGUCAGCAGCAGCAGCGCCCAAUCGUCCUGUCGCCUCUGCGAGACCUCCUGUUGCGUCGCCGCCACCUGCGCUCCAUGCUCGAGCAGGGCCGCCUUUACCGGCCGCAAAAUCAGGAAGUUUAGCAAGACCUGCACCAACACCACCUAUGCGUGCCACAGGCGGCGGUCGACCCGUUCCUCCUCCUCCACCUGCUCGGAAGCAAGCAACGGGAGAAGAGGGAUUACCUGCGUAUACGCCCGUUCCUGCAUCGAAUGGGAUGUUGGGCGACUUGUCAUCUCGCCUGAAUGGACUAUCCACAUCCACGCCUGCACCUCCUGCUGUUGCUACGCCUCCAGCGACAGGAUCAAGUCGUCUACCCAGUAAAGCAGAAGCGUCUAGUGCCUUCAAAUCAGCAGGCACGGUGUCCUCCCUCUACGGCAAAUACGGCAAUACAUCCACUACCACAGGAAGUUCAAAAGCAGCACCAACACCUUCUUGGCAAGAUGUCAAGGCUGGCGCCGCAGCAGCGAAUGAUUUACGUGGUUUUGCCGGGAAAUAUGCACCCAAAACAACCCCUGCACAACGAGAAAAGGCAAUUGGUUUUGGGAAUCGCGUUCUGGCGAGUCAGGGGCAAGCGACAAUGCCUGUUGGUGCGAUCCAUGCAUUAUCUGGUACGACAACCGCUACGAAUGUCGUUGUAGGAGGAGCACCUCCUUUACCGGCUGGAAAACCAGGAUUGCCGGCACGGACGCCUCACGUUCCAACAUGCACGGCCUUAUUCACAUUUGAUGGACAACAACCAGAUGAUUUGUCCUUUGUCAAGGGCGAUGUGAUUGAAAUACUGGACCGGACAGAUGAUCCAGAAGCGUGGUGGCGAGGACGUUGUCAAGGCCGUGUUGGUUUGUUCCCGGGCAACUACUGUCGCUUGAAUGUGUGAAACUUGAAACAAACAAAGCGAGCGGUUGAAUGCGAUGGAGAGACUGAUGAAUAGCGAGAUAGAGACAG